AUGAUGCAAUCGUCCUCGUCUUUAGCAGAUAUGAUGCAGCAGCGUUCGUCUUUAUCUUCUUCUUUUAAGAAGCAAAAGACGAUUCAGACGACGACGAUUCCAAAGACGAGAAGUCAAAGAAGAGUAAACAGAAGAGGCGAAGCCACGAAUACCACCACAAAAGCGAUGAUGAUGAUGAAAAGCAGAAGAGGCGAGGAUGUUGGUGGUGAAAAGACCUCUUCUUCUUCUUCGCUGGAAUCGUCUUCAAAAACCUUGAUGUUGGUGACAACGAAUUCGACGAAAACGAACAAAAGAGGUUUCAUGCAAAAACGCAAAGCCACGAUGGGAAAUGGUGGACUUCGUGUUUCUGCCGCGACCGCCAUGGACUCGUUUUCGAAGUUCUCCGCGUUAUUUAGCAACUUGUUCCCGUUAUGGACCGUGCUCUCCGCGGCGUUGGCGCUGACGAAACCGGCGUUUUUCAAUUUCAUGACCACGCCGAUGAUUACGUUUUGCUUGGCGUUGUUGAUGUUUUCCAUGGGAAUCACGUUAACUAUCGACGACUUUUUGAGAGUGUUUAAGAAACCAGACGUCAUUGGUCUCGGAUUCUUGUACUGCUACGUGGCUAUGCCGGCGUUGGCUUUCGUCAUCGGCAACGCCAUCGGUUUAAGCGGGCCGUUGUUAGCAGGUUUGAUUUUGGUUGGAAGCAUUAACGGCGGCCAAGCGUCGAACUUGUGCGCGUACAUCGCGAAAGGAGACGUGGCGUUGUCCGUGUUGAUGACGACAGCGACCACGAUUGGGUGCAUUUUUAUGACGCCGUUGAUUUGCAAGUUGGCGUUGGGCGCGAUUGUGGACGUGAACGCAAUCGGGAUGGCGAUAAGCACGAUUAAAGUUGUUUUGGUGCCCGUCGUGUUAGGUGUCACUUUGAACAAAGUGACGCCGAAAACGUGCCGAACGGUGGAGCCGUUUUGCCCGAUCGUCGGAGUCAUCAUGACGGUUAUUUUGGUCGGCGGGUCCGUCGCCCAAUGCGCGGAGGGCAUUUUGAACGCCGGGAUGAAGUUACAAGUUGGCGCGUUCUUGUUGCACUUACUCGGUGGUGCGCUCGGGUAUUGGGGAAUGAAGAUAUUCAAGUACUCGGAGACGACGUGCAGAACGUGCGCGAUUGAAACGGCGAUGAAAUCGAGCGCAUUUGGGUUCUUGUUGGCGAGUUUGCACUUCCCGGAAUUCUUGGUGAGAGUGCCUUCGGCGGUUUCGGUCGUCUGGAUGGCGAUUAUGGGAUCGAUGAUGGCGGUAAUUUGGAGAUUUAUUCCAGUGGAAGACGAAUAA